AUGAUGGACCUACAAGAGGACGAUUGGAGCUGGGGUAGUGAUGGCUCACAACAAGCUCAGAAUGAACUCAAUCAACCAGAUCAGCAGAAUCUACCAUCAGAUGAGCUAGAAGAGGAAGAACCACAGUCUCCACAUGCAUGCAACCAAUUAGGACAUCAAGAUAACUUCUUCACACUGGUUUCUGACUCAGAUGUUGCUUUGCUGACCGCUUUUGAAGGGGAUGACAGUUUCAGAAGACCAGCAUUCAACGAAAGCCCCAAAGUUCAGUUGGCCUAUCUGCAUGCUGCAAUCGGAAACGUGUAUGAAGGACUUACCAUCAAGCAAUCUGAGAACAGCUUUCAACACUACCCUCAACUCUCUGUCAAUUGCUGGAGCCCUCCCAGAUCACCCUCAGCCAAUGCAGUUAUAACUCAGUACUAUGUGUGCCCUGCAUGCUGGAAAUACCACUCUCCAGCAGAAGUUGAGGAACUCAAGUCUCCCAUCUGUAUAGUCUCUCGGUUCAAUGGUGUUGUUUUUGAUGAAACCCAAAACAGGAAAGGACAGAGGAAACAUGAACCUUGCCUGGUAAUUUCUCAUACCUCCAUCAUUGAAACCCUUCAGGGAUUUUUCAUGUGUCCAGGGUUUGCUACCAAGAUUCGGGAUAGCUGA